AUGGGGGAGAAGGACAAGCCUCCAGAUUUUCUGCAGGCCGAUGGUACUCUGCCAGAGAAUAAUGUGGGUCCUAGAAAUGCGAUUGGGGGGUCCAGCCCACAUGAAGAGGUUUGUGAGAGUGGACAAGAAAUUAGAAAGUGGUCAACCCUCUUUGGAACUAGACCUACUGGGAAAUCUUCCCUGCCUCUUGUCAAGAAUAUAUCGGAUCCGAAUUGUGGUAAGUUUGCCAUCUCUAUCCCUAACUUGGUAGUGGAUCAUAACAUAAGCAAUAUGUCGAACUCUCUGGUGGGUAAAUUUAUGGGACCACGUCCAAACAUCGAGGUCGUUAGGGCCUAUGUUAAAUGGAAAUGGGCUUUGAAAGGUAAUGUUGAAGUUUCAGCUCUGCCCAAAGGUCUUCUCACCUUUGCUUUUUCAUGUGAUGAAGACAAAAUAAGGAUACUCUGUGGUAGCCCUUGGUUGGUUGAAAAGAUAGCUCUGGUCCUCCAGAAAUGGCAUCUGAAUCUAAAUAUGAGUGAUUCUCUUCUGGUGCAAGUCCCCGUUUGGGUUAAAUUACCAGGUCUGCCUCUUGAGUAUUGGGUAGAAAGUAUUUUCUUAGAUAUAGCAAGCUCUUUUGGAGACCUCCUCUCAAUAGAUCCAAUCACAGCUUCAAGAAGGAGGCUCACUCAUGCCAGAUUUUGUGUAGGGAUCGCCCACGAUGCAGAUAUGCUCGAGCAGAUAGAUAUCAUGUCGAAGUUGGGAACUUGGAAACAACAUAUUGAAUAUGAAUCCAUCCCCUUUGUUUGCUUCCACUACAAAAAAGCAAGUCGCUGGGCUAAACAUUGUCCUAUCAAGCCUAAAGGGGAGAAUAAGCAAGCCAAAACUAUAGUAGAAAGUAAAAAGGCUCCGGAGAAAAAGGUAUGGCAAGUCAAAAAUUCUGAAAAUAAGGAAACUAAUCUAGUUGAUAUCAACUGUUUUGGACCUCUGGGGGAGAAUAAGGAAGUGGUCUCCUCAGCCUCUGUCUCUAAACAUCUCCCCCCCCUAGGAAGCUCUGAGGAAGGAACGAAUGAAAGCAAACAACCCUCUGGAAGGGUAGAUCCGAAGAGAGGAAAUAAUAGAUCAGAAUGA